CUCUGGAAUGUCACAUGGCGGGAGUUUAAAAUCCUCGCGAGCUUACGUAUUGCCUGUUUUCAACGUUCCACUCUUCAUCACGGCAUCCGCGAACUGUAAUCAAACUCAAUGAAUCAUACGAGGAACAUACAAGAAACGCUGAACAUCGCAACUGAAAGCAGGAAUGUGGCUACCAGCGGCUAUUCCAGUUUCACAGACUCUCAGCUUUUCUUUGGGUCUCAGUUUUGGCCUGAAAAUUCUCAAGGCAUGUCUCAAGAUAUGAGUUUGUCACCCAGGACCUCCCAACAAAGUUCACAAGAGGGAAGUGAUCCAAUGUUCUCAAGCAGUUAUCACACUAAACCUUUCUUGUUUGGAGAUAUAAAGAACAAGAGCAAAGCUUUCGGAAUACUGGAUAAAUUUGAAGAGAAAAAGAAAAAGGAAAAUGAAGAAACUGACUGUGAUAUUUUAGCCAAAGAAUGUAGUAAUUUUCGAGAAACACUCAACAAUAUCCAACAACUGGUCGCUGGCACAGAGAGAAAUACUGCUGUGUGCCAAGCGGUCCUCCAAAAAUUUGACAAUUUUUCAUCAACAUUGCAAAAUAAUCUCAACAGUCUUCAGAGGGACAUUUCCCAGCAGUUUGAAAUUUUACUGGAUAAAGUGAACUCCCAGAAAGAGAUGAUGACUGAGCUGAAGGAGAGGGUGCAAAAGAGUGGAGACACCACAGCAGAACUUGGUUCAAAUCUGCAAAGCUUAAAGAAUAGUCUGGCUUGUCUGAGAGAGGAGCAGGAAACACAACGAAACAUGCUCGAAGAGGCUCUGAAGCUGCUUAGCACCUUAGUCUCAGAGCCCUCAGCCAAACCCAAACCUGAGAGGGUGACGGACAGUGCCAUCCAGACGUCACCAGGGCUGGAACAGCCAUUCUCCAACAUCCUGCAGGAGAACAAGCUUGAAGGCACACGGCUAACACACAAGUCAUACAACCUUGAACACAAUCAGGCUGAAGUUUCCCCUUGGGAUGCCAGCUCUAUCAUAGCAAAAAGGAACGUCAAUCUGAGAGGCCAAAGGAGGCUCAAAAAGAGACCACUGGUUCUCUCACAAAGGAGUAAGCAUACUGUCACGAAUGAAAAUGGCCAACCUCUCAUGAACUGUGACAAAGCAACAAAAUGUUUCAAUACCUCUCUGUGAGCGUCAUGAUCCAAAUAUGGUAACCAGCCAAGACCGUCUCAACCCAGACUGUCAAAUACCCCCGAAUAGGGAGAUCAGAUCCAUAGCUCACAUCACCCCUCUCAGCUGCUGGCCUCAGGACAGCAUCAGCUCCGUGUGCCUCGCAGGAAUCAAACCCAUCUUAGAGAGAUUCUCAGCUGAGUCCAAGACUGUGACCUCUGUGAAACCCAAAGGCCUCUGGCAGCUGUUUGACAUGGAUGGUAAUGUUGAUUUAGGCCUUUAGAGGAUGAGUAAAGGACUCAGAAGAGAGAAGCAUUUGCGUUCUUAUUUUUGGCAUAGAAGCCAGAAAUGUUUGUUUUCUAUAACCUAUGUUAUAUAAGUUGUAGAGUUACUCAGUUUAUUGAAGAAUGAACACAUUGAUAAAUGUUUAUUGUAGAAGGGUACUAAUGACAAGUUUAGGACAGACUGACUCUCAAACACACGUAUUUAAAGUUUUCCUGCUGACUUCAAAAAUAUUGUAACACUUAAGUAUCUCUGCUGACUUAUGAAAAAUCAUUUAUUCUGUAUUUAUACUGCUGAUUUGACAACAAAAAUAAACUUAAAGAAUUGAGUGUAUUCAAAUAAAUAACCAUUCUCCAUAAAAUCGCUAAGGUGCA